UCCAGCAGCCAGAGGAGAGAGUACCCAGAGGACCUACAAUUAUUGUUAAUAAAAAUUAAGCUUUAAUUGAAAUUUAUGUCCCUCCAGAUCACUGAACUAUUCUAAGGGGGGAAAAUGGAAGAUCUGGGGAAAGUGUUUUCAUUUAAUCACAGGUCUUCAGUCAUGUUUGACACCUUGGUAAAGUGGAGCGGAUCGUUUGGGCGCGCAAUUGGACUUGUUCGGUGUUUCUGUGCGUGACAUGAGAAAGGUCUACAAUGAUUUUGGCAUUAAAUUAACUAUGGGGGCACAUAUCCUGGAGUCCAACUCCAGCGGCAACUUGACUCCUGCGGUGUCUGAGGCUGGGACUGUCCUCCCGGGCUACCUGGUGGUGAUCUUAUCAGUGCUCAUGGUGACUCUGGUGGUCGUGGUGGUGGCUGGAAACGCUCUGGUCAUUAUGGCUUUCAUUGUGGAUAAAACCUUGAGAAACCAAAGCAACUACUUCUUUCUGAACCUGGCUAUAUCUGAUUUUCUCGUGGGUGCCUUCUGCAUCCCAGUGUACAUCCCGUACAACCUGACAGGCCGCUGGAUGCUGGGUAAGGGUCUCUGCAAGGUGUGGCUGGUCGUGGACUACCUGCUCUGCACUGCCUCAGUCUUCAACAUUGUCCUCAUUAGUUAUGACCGUUUCCUGUCAGUCACAAGAGCAGUGAAAUACAGAGCGCAGAGAAACAUGACCCGCCAGGCUGUGUUCAAGAUGGUGGCAGUGUGGGCGUUGGCCUUCCUCCUCUAUGGCCCCGCCAUCAUCUUCUGGGAGACGAUUGUUGGUGUGAGUGUUGUCCCGGCCCACGAGUGCUAUGCCGAGUUUUAUUUCACCUGGUACUUCCUGCUCAGUGCUUCUACCUUUGAGUUCUUCACUCCGUUUGUGUCUGUGGCCUUCUUCAACCUCAGCAUCUACCUGAACAUCCAUCGGAGGAACAAGAGCGGGAACACCGGUGCCGAGGACAAUGCCAAGAUGCAGAGGAACAGUAAGAUAUACAGAGAAGGAGGAGGAGGUGGCUGGUCUGUGUUUUUUGUCAAGACUCGGAAGGUGUCAUCCAGCGAGCCCACUGCUAUCUCUGCAGUUAUCGAGGAUGACGACAUCCUGUCCCCUUCUUCCAGCGGGGACCCUAACAACAGUCACAUAUUCACGCAGAGGGAGAAGUUUUCUCCCAGCAGAAACAACUCCAGGCUGUUUCAGCCCACGGCCUCCUGCAUGGCACCUGGCCGCAGAACACAGGGGUCUCGUCUUUCCCGAGACAAAAAGAUUGCCAAAUCUUUGGCCAUUAUUGUCUGCAUUUUUGGGAUUUGCUGGGCUCCUUACACUCUACUAAUGAUUAUCCGUGCUGCCUGCAGCGGUAAAUGUGUGGCGAACUACUGGUACGAGAUGACAUUCUGGCUUCUGUGGUUGAACUCUGCCAUCAACCCGUUCUUGUACCCACUCUGCCACAGCAGCUUUCGAAGGGCUUUCUCAAAGAUACUGUGUCCUAAAAGACAAUCAGUCCAGCCUCAGAUUGAGGCUCAGUCUUGUUAGAUGAACUCAGUAUCACUUCCACGCUUGAUGAAUGCAGAAACUGUUGUGGGUCAAACACUAUUAAAAUUCAUUUACUGUUCUUCCAUAUAAAAUAAGAGAAAUGCUUACGUUAGUGUGAGUUCUGUGAGGAUUGUCACUACAUAUUUGACAGCAAUACAACAGUGUUACAAAGUCAUGAACAGUGUGCAAGAAAGGAAACAGUAUUCUGAAUGACACAGUAAAGCAGUGGACUCUUAAAGCACCUUUACAAUACAAUUGCCCUUGAUUAAAGCACCCCCAAGAGCCAAUGUCAGAUUUUUCAAAUGAUGUACAUCUUAAUUUCAAAAUGUAAGCUAACCUUCACAGACAAUCUUUCUAAGUAGGACAGGAAGGAGUGACGCGGCUCCAGGCUUUCUCACCACUGAGUUCUUUAUGUGUGGAAAGCUGUGAAAUGAUGACAGAUAGAAGGUGAUUACCAUAAUUUAGUCUAAGAUAUUAUACGAGAACUACAGCACACCAAGUUGUUAAAUUAUGGUCUGUGUGGAUGAAAGCACAGCGGAGGGAGACAACAACUUCAGGUUCUUCACAGGGCUACUGUGAUGGGAAAACCUUUCAACUCCUAUUUAGUUCAAAUUGAUGUGAACGAAGGAUUUCCUGGUCUUUUACAGUUUUAUAAAGUUUCAUAAUCUCAUUUUUGCAUAAAACCCUUUCACCUCAGAGUUUCACAUAGCUGUUAAUUUUUAAAAGAAAGUAAGGCCUUUUAUUGGAAAUUCUCGAUUAGGAAUAACCCCUUGAGAUGUUCCAUCUCUCCUUUUGCAUAUGUCUUCAAAAUGAUACUUUUCAAGCUUUUCAUCAUGCAGCAAUAGGUUGUGAAGUCCUCAAAGUUAAAAGCACCUGAAAAGAAGAGAAUGACCUGCAUUUGUUUACUGACUACUGAGUGUACUUUUAUCACAGUAAUGUUUUAUAUCAUUUUAUCUGAAAAGUGGUGUAAAGGUAGGGGAAAUCAGCUGUAACCUGCCAACACUGAAUCUGCACUACACUUUAAAGAGGUUUUUUUUGUUGAUGCUCCAAAUGUACAACACUAUGAAAUGAGGACAAACUUUUGUACAAUAAUAUCUAUGCCAACUAGAUUGUUGUGUUCUUAAAAUGCAGUAUUUAUUCAAAGACUUGACUGGUUUCUACCACCCAAACUACUACUUGACUACUUUGUAUCUUGGCUAUGAAUGUGUGUUGGUGUG